AUGGCCACUACUGCUCAUUACGUUCCCUCUACUACACGGCCCGCAUGUGCCGAUGAAGAUGAGGAGCUCGCCCCGGGCAUCGCCGCCUUCUUCCGGCGCAACGGGCUCUGCCCCAGCACUGUUGAAGCAUGCGACGCCUCCGCUCGGCGGCUGUUCCCUGCUGCGAUCAUCAAACGCUCCCCAAAUCAGGGCUAUUGCUCCUACACGCUGUUCGUGUCAACCGAUCGCCUGUUGCAGUUCCGCCCGGAACCCCAUAGGCUCAAUAUGGACAUAUGUAGCGACGCUCGAGCUGUGUUUGGUGCCUUGGUCCCCAUGACGGCGCACAUCGGAAGCCUCCAAGGGAUUGCCAUGAUGGGUGCCGCGGCGCCGAGGUUGCACGUUUAUUUGCAAGAGAGACUGCCGGGAGUGAGUCUAGCGCACAUGAAAGAGCAGACGCGUGAGCAACGCAAGCGGCUCAUCGAGGACCUUGCCGACGUCUUCGUCUCCAGCUUCCUCUACAGAAGGCCUUCUGAGGAAUUGUUACCGGUUCUCAGGGGACGAGUAGGGGCCUCACUAGCGUGGCGCCUUCGGCUUCUCCAGGGCUUGCGGGACGACGAGCCCCUCGCGCAACACAUCUCCGCUGUGACGCAGCACCUCGACAACAUCGCGGCGCUGCCUUGGUGUCUCACGCACGGAGACUUGAUGCCGAGCAACGUGCUCGUCGACCCGGCCUCGGGCAGGCUCACGGGCUUGGUCGACUGGGCUGAGGGGGAAUGGCUCCCCUUGGGGCUGGGCCUGUAUGGCCUCGAGGAGCUGCUAGGGGCUGACGUGGCCGGUCGCGGGUUCGAGUAUUUUGACGACCACGAGGAGCUGCGCCGGCGGUUUUGGAACCGUUUUGCGACGUUGGGAGGCUGUUCGCGUGGUGGAGGCGGCGGCGGCGACGGGCGGCGGCGGCGGCUGGUGCUCGGCGGAGAAGAGAGCGUGGCCAUGUCGCGCAGGUUGGGGAUCCUGCUUUGGAGGGGCAUCGCUUUUGACGACGGGCGUAUAGACCGCGUCGUCGAGCCGGGCAGGGACGACAAUGAGAUUCACAAGCUGAGGCUCUUCCUGGAGGCGCCGUGUCCGGUUACGCCCGACGCAACCCCGUCGCGUCAUGGUCUAGCGGUGAAGGGAGCUAGCAUCGCACCGAACUAA